AUGAAUGAUUCAAAUUCAGACUGUCAACUCAACCAGAGCGAAAUAGAUUUUGAAUUUGAAUCCAAUGAAGUCUCUGAGUCUUUCUGUGAUGUUGAUGAUCACUUUGUUCCCAAAGUUGGGAUGACUUUUAAGACGCUUGAAGAUGCUGCAAAAUUCUACAAGGAUUAUUCAAAAGCUGCAUGUUUUUCUACAAGAGUUCGGAGCACAAAUAAGAAGGGUAAGCUCAUUAAGAACCAAUUGAUUACAUGUAGCAGAGAGAAAAAAUGGAAAUCGAAAAUAUCUCCGACUGAGAAGACAAAUCCAUCAGCUGGUUUAAAUUGUCCUGCAAGAAUUUAUAUACACAUAUUCAAGGACAUUGGUGUUUGGAUCAUUUCCAAGGUCGUGUUGCAUUAUUCACAUCCCUACUGUCCAAAUCAAGCAGAGAUGCUCAAACAGCACAGGGAACUAAGCAUGUUUGUGCGUCGUACAAUAGAGAAUAACGAGGAAGCCAGAAUCAGACCACGCAAAACAUACCAAUCAUUUGUGGCAGCAGCCGGGAGUCACCGUGAGUUAAAUUUUAUCGAAAAAGAUGUGAGAAAUUACAUAACGAGAGAAGUACGGAAUGUUUUGGAACUAGAAGAUGCAAAGGAAUUCAGGAAAUACUUAUUAAGAAUGAAAGAGAAGAAUCAGAUUUUAUUUUUCGAGCUCGAACUCGAGAACGAUCAGUCGAUUAAGAUUUCCUUUUGGGCGGACGCAAGGAGCAAGGCUGCCUGCGAGUAUUUCGGAGAUGUUAUUUCAUUCGAUACCACCUAUAAUACAAACAUGUAUAAUCCAAUUUUUGGUUCUUUUGUUGGGGUAAAUUACCACGGAAAUGCUCCGAAAGGUAUUCUCACUGAUCAAUGCGCAUUGAUGCAAAGGGCUAUCGAGGCUUGUAUGCCCACAACAGUUCACCAUUGGUGUAUUUGGCACAUCAUGAAGAAGAUUCCAAGCAAAUUAAAUGGCUAUACGGGACACCUAGAAAUCGAACAAGAAAUGAGUCAUGUUGUUUGGAACUCUCAUACCAAAGAAUCAUUUGAUAGGAAUUGGAAUGAUUUUCUGAUGAAGUAUGGUCUUGUGGACAACAAGUGA